AUGGGGGGCGUGUUCGGCCACGCGUGCGCCGGAGCCGACGACGACGGCGAGGACGCCGAGAGCACGCGCUGCGGCGCGCCAUGCCUCUGCUGCCACGGCGGGCCCGAGGAGCACGAGGACGAGCCCGACACCGACGAGGAGUGCAGCAGCCCGGAGCAGGGCCUCCGCGGCUGCGGCGCCGCGCCCGCGGGCGUCGUCUGGGCGCCGGUGCCCGGCACGCCGCCGACGUUCGGCGUCGUGCCGGCCGUCCAGGUCGCCCGGCAGGACUCGCUGGCGUCGCUGUCGUCCAGCGCCACGGCGUUCCCCAACGCGGCGCACCUCUCCAGGGUGGCCGACCUGGCGCAGUGCCCGCCGCCGCCGCCGCUCGGGACAGGGCCGCUGCGGGGCGGCGGGUGCAGCUGCAGCAGCUCGGCGACGGUGCGCACGCUGCCGCCCUGCUGGGAGCAGCCGGAGGCGGCCGGCGCCCCUGCGCCCGCCGCCGCUGCAGUGACGCCCUUGCCGCGCCGAUACGGGACGGCCAGCCGCCGCCGACUCGGGCCGGGCUGCAGACGCGGCAGAGGCGCCAGUCGGCGCCGCCCGCGGCGCGGGGCCUGGUGGGGGAGCCGCGCAGGCGCCGGGGCACCGAGCCCGGCGUGGCGCUGA